AUGGAGGAACCCAUGCGCAAAAGACCGCGCCUGUCCAUGUUCGCCGAUGACUCUGCAGACGACGUCCUCGACCAAGACCUUGAUGCACUGCGUGAGCGCAAUGACAACCUGCUGAAAUCUCGGUUCGAGUCAAUCUUCGAGAAAUACUCGCAUAAUUUCGACGGGGUCGGUGACGAGAUCAAUUUGUGGACUGGAGAAGUCGAGGUCAACAAUGGUCAUCUGCACGGGCUCACGAACGAGACCGAUACUGGAGACAACGGCACGUCUCUUCUGAGGGCAAUGACCGAGGCGGAAGACACGACCGAUUCAUACUUCAACAACGAGGGUGCAGACAAAGUCAUGCAGAGCAUCGAGGAGAUUGCCGAGAAUGCUGCCAUACCGGACGCAGAGGGAGAGGGAGAGGAAGAGGGAGAGGAAGAGGGAGAGGAAGAGGGAGAGGAAGAGGAAGAGGAAGAGGACGACGAUGACGAUGACGAUGAUCACGACGAGUACCAAGACGAAGACGACUUGGUCUUGAAUAGUGAUGAUGAACUUCUGGCUCCCAUGCAACAAGACUCAGCUUCCAAGGAACCACACAACAACUCUUUUAGAAGUAGUACUACUUCAAGGUCUCAGGGCGGUGAUUCUGACAAUGACUCGCUCUUCGAGCUACAAAAUACCCAAAGAUCAGAUACUCCAGAUUCCCUUUUUGAGGUUCAAGACAAUCCAGAGCCUCGGGAAGACUUUGGCCUCAGACACACUACCCAGUCCUCAGCAGAGAUGCCACAGGAGUAUCGUGAAAUUGACGAGGCGGAUAUCAUGCAAAAGUUUGGACCUGAGAUUGGCAACGAAGUCCUAGAAAUUGUACAAACGACGAGAAACAUGGCCGAGGCACAUAUUGAACCUGCCUGGCGGAUUCCUGCCAAUAUCAUCCCCCCCAAGGCUCCGCGAUCUACCUCUCGAUCUCAUUCACCAGCACAGCUUAUGCGCUCCUCGCCACAAUAUGACCCGCCCGCCUCGCAACAGAAAAGCCAAUCACUGUGGAAACCACCGAGGCCUCGAAGAACAGCCCAACAAAUGCAUACGAUGCGUUUUAGAAGAAGCAUCAGAGCAGUUUCUGAGGACCCGCUGCAGGAAGGCUUUCAAGAUAAGCAAGAGCAACCCGAAGCAGAUGCUGGUUCUGAGAGCGAUGAUGAUUCCGAAUGGAACGAGGAGGAAAAGCCGAAAGCGAGGAGGCGACGAAAGGAUGACGAACAUAUCGAGUUGAUGAGGCAAGCCAUCUGCUCAUUCUGCGGCGUAAAAUUACGUUCGCGAGCUGGAGUCUUCACCCACUGGACCAAUUUGCUGUUCAAGGCAGAGAAGACCGGAACCGCCCCCGAUGACAUCCAUGAUUUGGCAUAUAUCAGGAAGUAUCGGUCCAAGAGCAAUACGAACCCCAAGAAGGCCAGAUUAUGCCUUUGUGAUUUCAAAACGAUGGUUGAGAUGCAUGAAGGUGCUGGUGUGUCAUUUGCUGAGAUUGCCAGCAGCAACGUGCUGCGAACGCGCAAGAGUGCCCCGAUUCUCAAUGACCUGUAUGAUAAGUUUCGAACGCCCCCCGGAUAUGAUGAGCUAGACACAAGCCCUGAGUGGUCCGAGGAGGAGUUGAAGAUCCUGGACGAUCUGUCCCAGAAACCUUUGCAAGAACUCGGCACUUUCAUCAGAUUUUUCAAAAACCGCAGCAAUACCGAGAUCGGUAACAAACUGGCAGAGUCGUGGCUUGUGCCGUUUCGCGAGCGCCAGAAGCAUCGUGGGAAUGAGGGUACCCAAAUGAACCAGCAUGCAACCGAACGGUCUGCAGAACAUGGCGCGGUCGAUCAACGAUACAUUAAGACCGAAGACUCGGAGGACGAAUUAUUCGCCGUUCACGUCAGGCUUCGUCCCUGA